AUGCAGCCUACUAUCCUCAAGACGAUUGCAGUUCUCACCCUUCUCGCCGCGCCAGUCAUUACUAGUGACGUCAUCGACACUGGUGAUGACAUCUUCGCGCCGGUAGCUCCCGUUACGUAUAUUGCUAGAAGAUCGCCCAAAGGUGGCAGGGGAGGUGGUGGAGGGAGAUCAUCCAAGUCCAGCAAGAAGUCUGGUUCAGCUGGGAGUAAUAGUGCUGCUGCAGCCCCACUCGGGGUUGGGUUGGCUGCGAGUCUGGUGGUUGUUGCCGGAGUUGCUAAUGUUCUAUUGUAG